CACUGUCCUCGGGACAGCACUCUGCAUGCCUCGGGCCACAGAUCACAAAACACAGCCUAACACAGUGUAAGCUUGUAUAAUAAAACAUGGCGAACACCGGUAUCCAGUUUCAUCCUCGUCUUCUCAAGAUCCCGCCCUUGGCUUCGACAGGCAGGACAGCCAAUCAGCCUCGAACACUGCGGUAAGAGCCAAUAACACGCGACGGUUCCAACCAGACACGCCUACUACUGGUGACGCUAUCAUUUUAGGGAAGGGAGGAAAGAAACAUGUUGUCUUUGUUCACGCUGAAGAGAGAUAUUUUAAGGCAUUCGGUUAUCUGUUUUUUACGCGGAUUAAAGUGGUUUUUUUAUUAUUAUUUUUUGAAGUAAUGUAUCACUUUGUUGCUCAUGUAUUGCCUGCAUGGAGUUCUGAAGCAAUGAGUCGCUUUUCUGUUUAAUUCAAGAUCGGACUGAGUGCAGCGUGUCAGCCAUAUCUACUGAGAAGUUAAAUUCGGCAGGAUACUGAAAAACUAAAGUUGCUCCUUAAGACGAGCCUGUUUUGUUUGAGUGGUUUUUUUUGGCAGUCUGCGGAUAAAAUGUUAAUCAGUGUCCUAUUGUAAGUGACUCUGCGUAUAAUGUGCAGUUCACAGCCUGCCUCUGUAAAAACGCGUUGUGAUUGUGGGCUACUAUGAAAGGCGCUAUAUCUUCAUUUUUAUAUUAUUAUAUAUGAAUGGGAAUUCUGUGAAGAUGGACUUCAGUGUCUCCGUGUCGUUCUUUCAAGACGAGCUCGCCUCUACCAUCGAGCACGCAGUGAAAGCGGCUGUAGACACCGUCUUGUGCCAAAUCACAAAAGUUGUCGGCGGCAAAUUCACUGAAUUCCGAAUGGAAAUGGCUGGAAAGGAGAAAGAGAAUGAAAGUCUGAAGCUGAGAUUGGAAAUAUCAGAGAGCGAGUUGAAAGCAGUGCGGGAAUGCAUGAACGCUGCAGAUGCAGACAUUAAACAACCUCUCAGAAACAUGAACCCCGACUGCAAUGAACACGACUUUCAGAGGAACGAGAACCAGGGAUUAUUCACCAGAGUUAAAUAUCCUGAAGAGAGACAUGCUUUCAGUGAAGCAGAGGAGGGGCCAGUGAUAGAAGCAGUUUACACAAAAGAGGAAAUCUCUGAUCAGGAGUGGUGUGGAAGAAUAAUGGAGAUCACAGACCUGACAAUUAUUGACAGUAAAGACGUUCCUGAACUUGAACCUGUGCACAUUAAAAAGGAGGAUGUGGAACUGGAGUGUGAUCACAUCACAGAGGAAGUUUAUAAAGAAAAUAAAGUCAAUAAUCCUGUGAAUAUAGUUAAGAUGGAAUCUAGCCAUUGUGAUGAGUCCCCACCUGAACUCUCCUGCGUGAAACCCAAUCAGCCUGUCUCUGAAGACACUGGUUCUAGUGUUGGAGAAGAGGGCACUCUGCUGGGGUCCAUUCAGGGGAAACAUCACCCCCCUCAGGAAAGUGCUGCAGAUGGAAAGGAGGAAGGAGCGAUGCCGUCCACGAGCAGCACAGCAUCUGCUAAAGGCAAUCACACAGGAGGGGUUCCAUUGUCCUGUGCUGAUUGUGGGAAGAGAUUCAGUCAUUUAUCACGGCUUAAAAUCCACCAGCGUGUUCACACAGGCGAGAAACCUUAUCACUGCACUGAGUGUGGGAGGAGUUUCACACGGUCACAAAGUCUUAAAAUCCAUCAGCGCAUUCACACAGGAGAGAAACCUUAUCACUGCACUGAGUGUGAGAAGAGAUUCACACAGUUAGGAAAUCUUCAAUCACACCUCCGCAUUCACACCGGAGAGAAACCUUAUCACUGCACAGAGUGUGGGAGGAGUUUCUCGCUGUUCCAAAGUCUUAAAAUCCAUCAGCUCGUUCACACAGGAGAGGAACCUUAUCAAGAAAAAACUUCUUGAAAAGCCUUGCACACAAGGUACCCUCCUUUUUAAAUGCAGGAAAGGCUCUGCUGCACUGCAGUUGCUCUGAGGAUGUGUUGCCUGUUCCCUUCCUGCAUUCUCAUUAAAAUGCUGCAAGAGAAAACCAAUUAACCAGAUUAAUAAAUAUAUCAAGGAACUGAAUUGAGUGUGGUGGUGUUGAAAUAUAUUUUUAGAUUACAUGAAUGUUGAUAUGCCUUUCCUCAAAGGAUAAUGGUACUGUCUGGGGGCACAGUGGUUGUGAAUAAUUAAGCUCCACUUAAAACACAAACACUCGCCUCUAACUCCUUCUCUAUCACAAAGGAUCCUAACUGCCUUUUUAAAUCAUCAGUUAUUCAAUUAACCCUUUGCGGUCUUAGGUCCAACAUCGCAAUUUUCCCUUUCCGUCAUCAAAAAGACGCAAAAAACAGGUCUCUAGUCGUUUUUUCUCCGGAAAAAGCCAAGAAAACCAUUCAAUGGCCAAGUGAGACCGAUAGGAGCCGAGAGAAGCUGAAAAAAAGGGGGCGUAUCUCAUGAAUACUGAUAGACCCGACACCACAUAGAUAACACGGACAUAAACAAACAAGAUAGCUGCUUCUGCAUCCAGCGCUCGGAGAAUAUCACAGACAUUUGCAGAGCUUUUUUGAGAUGUUCUAGUAAUAAAAUAAUGACUUGGAUCACAUUAUUGAGGAGUUUGGUGAUAAAACGACUAUGAAGAGGUAUGUGAAAAAUACAGCGAACAAGGGGUGGGGCGGGGCUGGAGAUGCAGUACUGAGUGUCCUGUUGAUAUGCAGUGCCUUUUAAACCUGUUUUACUGUGAAAAAAAAUACUUUUAAACAGAGCGUCUAAAAUAAACUGCGCGUGUGAAAAUAAAUUGGACCUGACGCGACAAAUAAAUGGACCGCAAAGGGUUAAAGCCCCAGCCACAUUCCCACAUGUAUUCUGACAGGGAGGAAUUUAACCCCCUCUCUGCCAAACCCGAUAUUCCCCAGACACAUAUUACACUGGCAGGGUUUCAAUAAGAAAAAAAACUACAGUUCAAUCCAUUCACUGGCAAUGCGUGUUUGUGGCUGGUGGAUAAGCGACUGGAUUAUUGAUCCCCCUCAACCUAACCUACCAAUUUACCUCUCUUGUCAAAAUAAUUUUUGGAAGGUAAAUCUGUACACUAGGCUGUGUUUGAAGAGAGUUGGGAUGCGUUAUAUUGCUAUAGCAAGGCGACCAAUAAGGAAUACAAUAUUGUUGUUUCUUUAUAAAUAUAUAGUAUGUGCAUGCAGGUCUUUUGUUAAGAAUAUUCCUUCUGCAGCACUGCAAUUAAAACAAAUAUAUCUGCUGUUUCUGUGUAUUACCUUCACAGCUAUAUUGUUUGUGGACAAUAAAGCAAAUGAGAAUAAUUGUUGUUUUUCUUUUUAUUGUAAGAUCAAGUUUUUGUACAGCAGUUCAAAGUAACGUUACAGUUCAAAUGUAAAGCUGUAGUUCAGGGGUGUCCAAUCCUGGUCCUGGGGGACCGGUGUCCCUCCUGGUUUUUGUUCCAACUGUACCCUAAAUUAAUUCAUUGGAACAAUUUAGCUUCUGCUAAGCACUUAAUCAAUCCAAUUAAGUACUGAGCACUUGUUGCGCUGAUGCACAGUGUUGGCAGCAACAGAGAGACAUAUAAUGAGCAAAGCAGAUUCAGAGUAUCAAAAACCAUGGGCUUCUGAUGAUGAGGCGAUUCACAAUGCCAUUCCAUUAGAGACUGAGGCGUAGAGUCACAUGACAGUACCUGUAGAGGAGUCACCUGUCAAGUUCCAGUGUGAAACUUCAUCCCCAGCUGCUGCAUCGCCAAGUCAUGGAGUACAAACAGCAGUUUUAUGUCAAGAUUAUUGACAAGCAAUUCUGCAGCUGUGUUACAGACUGAUACGACCCCAUGUGGAUUACUUUUAUUACCAUCUCCAUCUGCAGAUGUUCCAGCUACAGAAGAUCCUACUGUAUGACAAGCGCACAGCUGGCAAAGAUAGGAAUGCAGUUUGCUCACUGCACAAAACAUUGACAUUCCUAUGGCGAUUAAAAUAAGGGUUGAUACAUGGGUUAAUAAAUGUUAAUACUGUGAAGGCGGCACUGUUCACAGUGCUGCAUAUCCCACUGUUUUACACUGUGUUAACCUUUACCUGAAGACGCACGGGAGCAGAAUGGUUAAAAGGCUCCGUGCUUCCUUCAUGACAGAUUAUAAUGAACACACAGAUGCUUUAACACAAUAUAAUCACCUACACUUACUGACACAGAGGAUGAAGGAAGCAAGCCCAAAACAAAUUGGUAAAUAACUUACUGCAUUUAGUGCACAUGUAUAAUUCCGACAAAUACGCUUAAACCGGCAUUCUGUUAUACUUGAAAAUCCAGUUGAUCUGUUUGUUUGUUUUUAAAAUCCCUGAUGCCCGCUUCUGAAUUCCGAUUGCCGAUUGGUUGGUUCUAAAUUCCAUGCGGUCUGCUAUUAACUCUACACGGCACACCUGUGAUGGUUACUAUAGUGCUGUCCUGUGGAUGUUAGUGUAAUAAAACGUGUUUGUUUUUGUGUUUCUGUUUUGAAAUUAUUUAUUAUUAUUAUUAUAUAUUUCUUAGCAGACGCCGUUAUCCAGAGCGACUUACAAUUGUUACAAGAUAUCACAUUAUACAGAUAUCACAUUAUCUUACAUACAAUUACCCAUUUAUACAGUUGGGUUUUUACUGGAGCAAUCUAGGUAAAGUACCUUGCUCAAGGGUACAACAGCAGUGUCCCCCACUGGGGAUUGAAACCACAACCCUCCGGUCAAGAGUCCAGAGCCCUAACCACUACUCCACACUGCUGCCCUAUGUACUGUACUGUAAAAUCAAAGUGAAUUCGGUUUUGUUUACCUCUCUCUCGUAGGCGUUUCUUUCUUUUUAUUAUUUGUUUAUUUAGUAGUCGCCUUUAUCCAAGGCGACUUACAGAGACUAGGGUGUGUGAACUAUGCAUCAGCUGCAGAGUCACUUACAACUACGUCUCACCCGAAAGACAGAGCACAAGGAGGUUAAGUGGCUUGCUCAGGGUCACACAAUGAGUCAGUGGCUGAGGCGGGAUUUGAACCGGGGACCUCCUGGUUACAAGCCCUUUUCUUUAACCACUGGACCACACAGCCUCCUUCUUUGCUUUCAGGUCCUGCGUUUCACAUAAACAGCAU